CUCAGUGAGUAUUUAGACCGGAAGUCGGGGUGAGGAAGGAAAACAUGUCCGGCUCCGGGAACGUGUCCGCCAUGAAGAAAGUGGUUCAACAGCUCCGGCUGGAGGCCAGUCUGAACCGGGUCAAGGUAUCGCAGGCUGCAGCAGAUUUAAAGCAGUUCUGUAUACAGAAUGCUCCACAUGAUCCUCUUCUCACUGGAGUUUCCUCGAGUACAAAUCCCUUUCGACCCCAAAAAGUCUGCUCCUUCCUGUAAACGUUUUAACUCUUUUAUUUUUCACCCAGAAGAUUUCCUUCCUUUUUAUUGAGGGUCGAUGGAUUCCAGAUGGCUUCAACCAGGAGAGUCCAGACUGAACCUAUAAAAAGCUUUGCCUUGUGACGUGCCAAGUCUUCUUACUACAUCUCUACCUCUCCGGGGUGAGCUACUCCAAAUGACGUGCCUUUCUUUCCUAACUUCAGAAUACUUUUUAUACACUGGCAGCCACUAAUCCGAAAAAUAAAAAAAGCAUUUCGUGGUAA